AUGGCAGAAAAGGAAGGAGGCAUUGUGAAAAAGGGACAUGAAGAAGGGCUGAAAAUGGCAAUUUCAAUUCUUGAAGAAUUUGAACUGCCACUGGGGCUUCUCCCAUUGGCUGAAGUUAUAGAAGUUGGUUUUGUGAGGAGCACAGGAUACAUGUGGAUUCUGCAAAAAAAGAAAGUUGAACACAAUUUCAAGAUGAUUGGCAAGCUUGUGAGUUAUAACACAGAAAUUACCGUGUUCGUCGAGAAGCAUAGGAUCAAGAAAGUCAGAGGAUUGAAGGCUAAGGAGCUUAUGCUGUGGCCACCGGUGAGUGAAAUAACACUGGAUAAUCCAUCCACUGGAAAAGUUCACUUCAAGAGCCUCGCAGGAAUCCAGAAAACUUUCCCCGACAAGGCAUUUGCUGCUGAACAGUACGGUUAA